AUGCACACCCCAAAACCGCCAACUCCCGCCUGGAAACCCUGGCAACUCUCCCCCUACUUCCUCACCCCCCUAAUCCUCACCUCCGCCGCCCUCGCCGCAACCCUCGAAGCCCUCAUCCAACUCAGCAACCGCACCUACUCCGAACAAACCCUCCGCACGGCAUGGCUCUCCUGGUACUGCGCCUCCCCCACCCCCUCCCAAACUUGCCUCUCCACCCUCCCCUUCACCACCUUCCCCCCCUUCGAACCCCCCCCCGCCGCCAAAACAGGCUUCCUCACCAUCGCCCCCACCACCACCCUCUCCCCCGCAACCACCUUCGCCUGGCUCUACCUCCCCACCCUCCUCGCGGUGCUGUACGCCCUCCUCUGGCAGCUCGUCGACGACGAGGUCAAGCGCAUCGAACCGUUUUAUCAGGCCUCGCUUCCCGGCGGGGCGAGGGCGUCCCAGACGGUGUUUGCGAGUUAUAUCAGUAUCCCCCCUGUUCUCGUGCCGCUGCAGGCGGUUAGGUGGCGGCAGUGGGCUGUGCUGCUCUCGUCGGUGGUGUAUGUGCUGGUGGGGUUUGUCACGCCGGUGUUGCAGACGCAGAUGUUUCAGUUGCAGGGGCAGGUGGUGCAGGUGGGGUAUGAGGAGGAGGAUGGGGGGUGGGAGGUAUUGGGGCGGGAGGGGUUUAGGUGGGAGCCCCGGGGAGGGGAUGGGCCGGUUGUGGGGAGGUUUAUGGAGGAGGCGGAGGGGGAUGGGGUGGUCAGGACUGUGGUGUAUGCUGAUCCGGUGUUUGCGAGGGCACAGGAGGGGGUGUUGUGGGCUGCGACUGGGCUGGGGGUGUGGUUGCUUUGGGUCACGAUGAGGAGGCAGACUGGGUUGAGAAAUGAUACCAAGGGGCUCGCGGCCUUGGUCAGUCUGGCUGCUGCCCAGCCGGGGUUUCUGGAGGGGAUUGCCACCACGGUGGUUGGUGAAGGGGCGAAGGAUGCGGAGGAGGUGUUGAAAGGGACGGUCGUUCAUUUGGGAGGUGGUGGAGGAACCGGCGGCGAGGGAGGUUCCUCAUACGGGCUGUGCUUUGCUCCUCCAUCCGGACCGCCCAGGCCAAGGAACGGGUUCCUCAGGGGCCUGAAGAAAGCCGCCAAGCUCCUCGUUCGGUGCGUCUUCUGCGGCCCGAUAACUCAUCACCGAGUGCUGCGCUCAGCCGUGGGUCUGACCACGAUAGGCAACCUCUUCCUCGUCGUCUUCAUCCUGCUGACCGGCGGCACGGAGAAGCCUAGCAGUUCCAUCGACGAGGCCUUCCAGAAAACACUCCAAGCGUCCAGCCAAACCAGCGACAGUAUGAUCCUGGCCUUCACCGAGCUCUUCGUCGCCGCCAUCGUCAAGACGCUCUGGGUUGUCGCCGAGGCCCAAACGACUGUGCUGACGCCCUACCGAUCCCUCCACACGCAGCCGAGAAAAGCCUGGCCGCUGCUGGAACGCGACUAUACCGCCAUCGUUCCAGGGCUGAGAACUGUCCGGGCGUUCCAGGAUGGGCAACACUUCCUCGGCUGCGUGACGACCAUUUCGCUGCUGCUCGAGAUCGGGCUGCUGUGUUUUGGUAUCACGACCUCGAUGAGCCAGGGGACGGCGUACAAUGCGGACGCCAUCUGGGUCGUGCACUGGAUCGCGUUUACCGUCUGCGGGAUUAUCAUCAUGUUCGUGGCUGUGACGAAUCGGAUAUGGCUGUCCAAGUUUCCGUACAUGGAGAAUAACCCGGACACGAUCGUGGGGAAGUUGGGGUAUGUCUGCAAGAGUCCGGGGUUGGUGGAGGAUGUGAGGCCUGUGGUUGUCAUGACGGAUGAGGAGAGGAGGGUGUAUUUGAAGAGCUUGGAAGGGUUGUAUGCAUUUGGGGUGUUGCAGGAUGGGGUGAGCGGGAUAGGGAGGGUGUAUUAG